AUGGUUCAAGGCAUAUCAGUGUCAGCUUCAGUCUUUACUCUGGUGGCGAUAGCUGUGGACAGGUGAGGUUUCUUUCAACUGAUUCAAUAAUUUUAUUAAAUUAAUUGUGUGUGUUUGUAUGUGUGUUUUGACAAUUUCAACGCAAUUUCACAGCACAACAGACAAUUUCACAAUACAGAGAUUUUUUUCACAGAGAAUGCACUUCCCCCCUCACCUCUCUUUUGGACAGGUUCCGUUGCAUCGUGUACCCCUUCAAGCAGAAGCUGACAAUCUCCACCUCCACACUGAUCAUCAUCAUCAUCUGGGUGCUGGCUAUCUCCAUAAUGUGUCCCUCAGGGGUCAUGCUCCAGGUACACUGUCUAAUGCUGGUGCAUGUCAGGUUUUAUUAAUCAAUGGAUUUGAGAGGGACACAUCAAAAUGUCAGGUUUAACAUCAAUGUAAAGAGUAAGCAUCAGACACAUUUUCAUCCCUGUCUAUUUUUUAAAAUUGUGACUCCGUCUGUCAAUUUGAGUGUACAUAGUGUUUAGUUUGCUGCAAAAAAUGUAUGGUUUGCCAAUUUGCCUCAUUGAGGAUAUUAACGUAAAUCUAAAUGAAGUUAAUCUAGUUUUUGAAAAUAUUUCCAAGGUGACCAAGGAGCAGCGUGUCCUUAUCCUACUGGGGGACGGCUACAACAACACCCGCCCCUUCUACUGGUGCCGUGAGAACUGGCCCAAUCAAGAGAUGAGGAAGAUCUACACCACCGUCCUAUUCGCUAACAUCUACCUAGCCCCAUUGUCACUCAUUGUCAUCAUGUAUGCCCGCAUCGGAUUCACCCUCUUUAAGACGGCCAUACCCUCCUCCGGCGGGUGCAGUGGUAGUGGCAGCAGCGGUGGGACGAAACCCAGCCUGGACAACCACCGUCAGUCGAAGAAGAAAAAAAGGGUGAUCAAGAUGCUGUUGGUGGUGGCGCUGCUCUUCAUCCUGUCAUGGCUGCCGCUUUGGACGCUGAUGAUGCUGAGCGACUACGCCAGCCUGACGGCGAGCCAGCACCGCAUCAUCAACAUCUACGUGUACCCGCUUGCCCAUUGGCUGGCCUUCUUCAACUCCUCCGUCAACCCCAUCAUCUACGGCUUCUUCAAUGAGAACUUCCGACGGGGGUUCCAGGCCGCGUUUAAAUUCCAGCUGUGCUCCGCAGUCAUUGAGCGCCAGAAGACCUACUCGCAUCGUAUCCAAGGCAACGCAGUGUUACCAGUGAACCUGCACCUGCCCACCGGGCCCGGCUCAGGGGGGUCGGGAUUGGCUUUGGUGAACAGGAAGGGGCUGGGCCGGGAGGAAGUUGUUGGGCGGACGUCUGGUGGGCGAUCAUCUGGGAGCGACGUGAAGGAGCAGGAUCUGAUCAUGGAGGAUCUGGAGAAGGUAUCCCAGAUUUGA